ACUACAUCAGUUCUAUCGAUACAGCGCGCGACGCCUGAAAUGUAACUGUAAAAUGUUGUGCAUUGUAUUGCAAAAGCUGUGCCAUGGAUCUGGGCGACGCCAAUCUUCGAACCCUGCGUGUGCUGGGCGAGGGCUCCUUUGGUCGCGUCUUCCUAUGCCUAGAGCGCAAUGGUCACGCAGAACGUAAAGUAUGCGUAAAACGCAUUAUUGUGCGGAAUCCCAAAAUCGAGCUGCCCCUCAUCAAAGACGAGAUUUACAUCAUCUCCCAGCUGCGACAUCCGCAUAUAGUGCAAUUCAUGCGGUCCUUCAUGCACUCCGGCACUGUUAACAUUGUAAUGGAAUAUGCUGCAAAUGGCACCAUUCGCGAUGUCAUCCAACAAAUCAAUCAAACUCCAAAGGGGCAGCUGGACACAAGGCGGCUUUUGCGUUAUUUUUGCGACAUGAUCUUGGGCUUGGAGUAUCUGCACAUACGUCACGUCAUCCAUCGCGACAUCAAGCCGGAGAACAUGCUUCUGGACGCGAAUGAUCGCGUCAAAUAUGCCGACUUUGGGAUUUCCAAUGUCCAUGUGCCCGCCAACCAACAGCCUUGGCAGGUGAUCGGCACACCGCUGUACAUGGCGCCAGAGAUAAUGUGCGGCGCCAAAUGUGACUUCAAGUCGGAUAUCUGGUCGCUGGGCCUAGUGCUAUACGAACUGUGCCUUGGUCGAAAUCCCUUUCAGUCCUUGCUCCGACCGACUGAUCCCUUCGAACAAGUGCGCUCCGUCGUCAAGGUCAUGGCACAGCCCAGGCUGGACUGUCAAGUAAUCCGACGACGCUACGAGCCUAUAUGGGCACGUCUCUGUGAAUUAAUGGUUGUCUACAAGCCAGCACAAAGAAUUUGCCUGCCCGAUUUGAUCUGCAUCGAUCCCUACAUUACGCGCACGAUUUAUACGCAAUACUUUAACUAUGAUUAUUAAUAUUAAUUGUAACUGUGA